AUGGCAUCAGAAGAUGUGAAGAGGACCGAAUCGGCAGCUGUUUCGACGAUCGUUAAUCUGGCGGAGGAAGCGAAGUUAGCGAGGGAAGGAGUCAAAGCUCCGAGUUAUGCUGUCCUCAGCAUCUGCAAGUCUCUCUUCGCCGGUGGCGUCGCUGGUGGAGUGUCACGAACUGCAGUUGCACCUUUGGAAAGGAUGAAGAUAUUACUUCAGGUCCAGAAUCCGCAUAACAUAAAGUACAGUGGGACAGUUCAAGGGUUGAAGUAUAUUUGGAGAACUGAAGGCCUUCGUGGACUGUUCAAAGGAAAUGGUACCAACUGUGCUCGUAUUGUUCCAAACUCGGCUGUGAAAUUUUUCAGCUAUGAGCAAGCUUCAAAGUACAUAUUGUACAUGUAUCGUCAGCAGACAGGAAAUGAAAAUGCCCAACUCACUCCUUUGUUACGGCUUGGAGCUGGUGCAACUGCUGGAAUAAUAGCUAUGUCUGCAACAUACCCGAUGGAUAUGGUUCGUGGAAGGCUAACUGUCCAGACUGCAAACUCUCCUUAUCAAUAUAGAGGAAUUGCCCAUGCUUUGGCAACUGUCCUGAGGCAGGAAGGUCCACGAGCCUUGUACCGUGGUUGGCUUCCGUCAGUGAUUGGAGUUGUUCCGUAUGUGGGAUUGAACUUUGCAGUCUAUGAGUCUCUAAAGGACUGGCUAGUCAAAGACAAUCCAUUCGGUCUAGUAGAGAACAAUGAGCUGACCGUUAUAACGAGACUCUCGUGUGGUGCUGUGGCUGGAACAGUUGGUCAAACAAUUGCUUAUCCACUCGAUGUGAUUCGUAGGAGAAUGCAAAUGGUUGGGUGGAAAGGUGCUUCCUCUGUUGUUACAGGCGACGGGAUAAGCAAGGCUCCACUUGAAUACACUGGUAUGAUUGAUGCUUUCAAAAAAACUGUUCGUCAUGAAGGCUUUGGAGCAUUGUACAAGGGCUUGGUCCCCAACUCUGUGAAGGUUGUACCAUCGAUUGCGAUUGCGUUUGUGACAUACGAGAUGGUGAAAGACGUAUUAGGAGUGGAAUUCAGGAUAUCAGACUGA